AUGAUUGAGGAGCUUAAUUCCAUGAAACAUAAUGACGUUUGGGAUUUGGUUGAACUUCCUGAAGGAUCCAAACCAACAGAUUGUAAAUGGGUUUUCAAAACCAAACUAGACCCGAAUGGAAAUGUUGAACACUAUAAGGCUAGACUGAUGGAUGUCAAGACCGCUUUUCUUAAUGGAGACUUGGAAGAAGACGUAUACAUGUGGCAGCCUGAAGGAUUUAUUCCAAAAGGUAUCGAAAUACAUCGGGAUAGGCGUAAUGGUGUUCUAGGUCUUUCUCAAAGGGCCUAUAUUGACCGUAUUCUGGAACGCUAUAAAAUGCAGGACUGCUCGCCCACUAUAGCUCCAGUAGUUAAAGGAGACGUAUUCGGUUCUUUCCAAACCCCGAGUACUGAGAUUGAAAAGGAGCAGAUGAGGGUGAUACCUUAUGCAUCAGUAGUUGGGAGCAUUAUGUAUGCUCAAGUCUGCACUCGACCAGAUAUCGCUUACAUCGCCGGUAUGCUAGGACGUUAUUUAUCUAAUCCUGGAUUGGCACACUGGAAAGCGGCUAAAAAGGUUCUACGAUAUAUGCAAGGGACCAAAGACUACAAACUAACUUUUAGAAGGAGUGAUGACUUAGAAGUAGUAGGAUAUUCUGAUUCCGAUUUUGCUAAAAGCAAAGAAGACAAGAAAUCUACUUCUGGAUAUAUUUUCAUGUUAGCUGGCGGACCUAUCUCUUGGUGGAGUCAUAAACAGAAACUGACUGCAACGUCCACCAUGAUGGCUGAAUAUAUUGCCGUUUACAAUGCCACUUGUCAUGGAAUGUUGUUAAGGAACCUUGUCAGUGGACUUAAAAUCGUCAAUUCUAUUUCUAGACCAUUGAAGCUUUACUGUGAUAACUUAGCUGCCGUAACUUUCUCGAAUAGUAACAGUUCGACUGGCGCUGGACUACUGCAGAAGAACUUUGUUGGAAACAGAGUUGCCCUGUUUUUUCAACAGCCAAAAGACCAAAAACCCGAAACAGAGUUGCUCUGUUUUCACACAAUGGAUUUGUCUUUAGAAAGUGAUGAACAAAGAAUUAUGGAAGGUUGGUUGUAUCUUAUUCGCUCCAAUAAAUUUGGAUUUCAACACUUGCGAAAACGCUACUAUGUUCUUCAAAAUCGUCAGCUCAAAAGCUUUAAAUCCAUCCCACAUUCCCUCCAUACGGAUCCUGUUAGAAGUGCAGUUUUAAAGUCCUGCAUAGGUGUAACAGACAACGGGCGAAAAAGCAUUCUAGGCAAGGCUUUCUUUAUUUUCACUCUUUGUGGAAUCUCGAGUAAUGCUAGCUGUGUGAAGUUAGGUGCAAGAAAUCCAGAAGAAGCUGCAAGAUGGGUCGAGGCCUUCCAAGAAGUAUCUCUAAAGAUGAACCAGCGUCAAGAAGAUUUUUUGGAUUGGGCUAAAUGUAAACCACAACAUUCACGGUCAAAGAGUCGAAAUAGAGUACAUGUUACAAACUCCAUUGAUAAGCCCUUCUCUUUAGCCGCGUUUACUGGUCAUAAAACAGCUGCCAUGUCGUCUUACUUGACAAUAUUUGGCUGUCACAAUGGUCUCAGAUUAUUUAAAGAAGUAAGGAAUCAUGAAGAUCAGAAAAAGAUGACUGGUCAUUCUGUGGUAGCAGCCCUGAGUGUGAUAGAUGGAGACCCAGAGGCUGUUUUCCAGAUACUUAUGUCUCUCGGUUCUUCAAGAUCAGAGUGGGACUUCUGUUUCCAGAAGGGUAGUGUGAUUGAAAGUAUAAAUGGCCGCAUGGAUAUCGUCCAUGAGCUUUUGAAAGAUAACUGGUUACCUUGGGGUAUGAAACCAAGAGACUUGUUAUUGCAGCGUUAUUGGUGUAGGGAGGAUGAUGGAACAUACAUUAUUCUUUAUCAUUCUGUACAUCACAAAUACUGCCCACCUCAGAAAAACCACGUUCGUGCAUGCAUUAAAAGUGGAGGGUAUGUGAUAUCACCAACAGGUCAACUUAAACAAUCAGUUGUGAGACACAUACUUGAUAUUGACUGGAAAGUUUGGAGAUCGUAUCUACAAAAAUGUUCUGAUCAAUCUCUAUCAGUUCAUAUGAUUGGAAGACUUGCAGCUCUAAGAGAAUUCUUCAAAACAAACUUAGCCAGUUAUUUAUCUGAGGGAAAGGAUUUCACAUCCAUGAGUGUUACCCCUCAAAGCAGUGAAAUUGAAGAAUGCAUGAAAAAUGUAGAGUGUGAAUUAUCUGACCCUCAUUCAGAUCGACUGGAUCUAGUAGAAAUGGACUAUGAAUCAGACGAGUUCUUUGAUGUUCCCGAAACUUUUGGUGACGUUCAGUUUGAAAGUGUAAAUUGUGACUAUGUUACUCUAACAGAAGAUCGAACGGGUAAUCUUCCUAACAGUUGGUCAGUUCCAGAACCUUCUUUGUUUCAACUUCGAGGAGAAACUUUCCAUAAGGACCGGAAGAAGGUUACUGCUAAGAGCACAUUGAUGCAAACCGUUGCUAUUGACUGGCUGAGAUCAGAUAAAAGGGAAGAUAAUAUUGCUGCCCGAGAAGGGAGCAUUGUGCAGAAAUUUGCUGCUGAUGGGCGCCCAGAGUUCUUCGUCGUUCUAAACCUUCAGAUGCCAGGAUCAACAACUUAUAGUAUUGCUGGUUACUACAUGACAAGCAUUCCUAUCAAAGAUAUUCCCUUGCUAGAGAAAUUUGUAGAAGGAGAUGAUGCAUUCAGGAAUUCAAGAUUUAAACUUAUACCUCACAUAACUAAGGGACCAUGGGUUCUGAAGAAAAUUUCUAAUAGAGCCACACUCGUCGGUCAAUUGCUUAAAGUUAACUAUAUCCGUGGAAAGAACUACAUUGAGCUUGAUAUUGAUGUUGGAUCAUCUGCACUUGCAAGGGGGCUGGCUGGUACCGCUUUGAGCUGUUUCAGUAGUUUGAUAGUCGAAACUGGAUUUGUCAUACAGGCAAACACGCGAGAUGAGCUUCCUGAGCAACUCUAUGGUGCAGCUCGCCUAAACCAUGUUGAUGUUUCUAGGCUUUAUGGGUAAUUAAGCCCAUGAUCAAAAUGCAUUAGGCUCUUGGUUCUUCAACCCAAAAGAUGCUGAGUACAAUAUACGAUAACGAUAGAAGAUUUUAUCAGUUUCAGAUUCCGAAUUGGAAAGUUGAGAUUAAAUGGUUACUUGUAACAUGGUGUUAGUUAAUUACUACAUAGUAAAAAGGAGUAUGUCUUUUUCCUAUCAAGUCUUGUCUUGAUAUGU